UUUCAAAAUGGCCGAGGUCUUCAGUAAAGCAAACGAAUCGUUCGUGGAUGAGAAUUACGAGGAAGCAAUUAAGCUUUACACAGAAGCUAUUGAACAAGAUGAUCAGCCAGAUUAUUUUAUUAAAAGAGCCCAAGCUUACAUCAAACUGGAACAGUAUUCAGAAGCUAUUAACGAUGCCCAGAAAGCAAUAGACAAGGAACCCAGAAAUUCAAAAGCAUAUUUAAGAAAAGGGAUUGCAUAUUUUUAUCUCGAGAAAUAUGUAAAAGCGAAAGAAUCAUUUUUGGAAGGUCAAAAUUUGGAUCCAAGUGACUCAUCAUUUAAAAUGUGGAUCAGGAAAUGUGAAGCAGAACUAGAUUUGGAGAAAGUUGAGGAAACUGGCUCAACAACAGCUGGUCAGCCCAUUGUUGGUAUCGCCAAUGGAAGUGUAGAGACAGGAACAUCUGGAGAUGUAUCAUCAAGCACACCUGAACCCCAUUCAUCAUCACCUACGCCCCCACAGCCUCAGCCUGUCAGUCCUCCCAAGAUAAGACAUGACUGGUAUCAGACAGAAGCACAAGUUGUUAUCAGUAUUAUGAUCAAAAAUGCAAAGAAAGACAAUGUCAAGGUGGAAUAUACAGAUAACACAGUUACUGCAAAUGUGACGUUACCAUCAGGGAAUGAUUACACACUUCAUUUAAAUCUGGCUCAUCCUAUAAUAGCCGAGAAAUCUAUUACAAGAGUCUUUGCUACAAAGAUUGAGUUGAAGUUAAAGAAAGCAGAUGGGCUCAGGUGGACUAGUCUUGAAGGUGAAGCAGGUGUUAAACUGAAGCAAAUGACGAAAGAAGCUGUUGAAGCUUCGAGUGUUACUAAAAAAUAUCCGUCAUCCAGCCACCAUUCAACAGACUGGGAUAAAUUAGCUCGGGAUGUUGAGGAGGAAGAGAAAAAUGAGAAGCCAGAAGGUGAUGCAGCACUCAAUAAAUUAUUCCAACAGAUUUACCGAGAUGGAAACGAUGAAGUGAGAAAAGCCAUGAAUAAAUCUUUCAUGGAAUCUGGAGGUACAGUCUUGAGUACAAAUUGGAACGAAGUAGGUGAAAAGAAGGUGGGGGUAAAACCACCUGAUGGCAUGGAAUGGAAAAAGUAUGACAAAUAAGCAGACACCGAUCAGCGUACUCACUAACACAGUUUCACCUGAGUUGUAUUGUUUCCUGUAUUUUGUUGAAAUCCUUUGAUGUGUAAAAUAAUUUGUCUGGUGUUACCAAUUGCAGCAGUUCACUGGAUAUUAGGGUCACUUUAAGAAUAUAUUCUGCAGAUAAUUUGUGAACGUUCACAUUAUACAAAAUUAAAAGGAUUUAACAUUAGAAUGAUAUGUACACCAAACUAUUUUGUUUUGUUGUUUUCAGACAGUGCAAAAGUAGUUGUUUGUUCGUAUACUUUGAGGAUUUUGCAAAAUUUGUGUGUAAACACAUAAGUACGUUUUCGUGGAAAAUUCAGCCGUGUAUUUUUUUUUUUGUGAUAUUGAACAGUUGUUCAAUAAAACUGAAAAAAUUGUUUUUUAUUUUCCCCUUUUUUGUGACAUUUCAAACAUUCAAAUUAAUUUGCAUAUUUUGGGAUAAUUAUUAAGCUUAUUUGUUUGUAAGCCGUCCUCCCUCCUUACAUUUCAAAGUAACGUCAAACAAUGAAUCUCUUUUUCACAGCUUUUAUAGUCCUCCCUAUCUGAAUUAUGAGGACAGGUCAUAAAUUGGUUGAAGCUGAAUUUGAGACAGUGAUGCAUUUAGGUACUGAUCUAAGAGUCAAUCUAGAUCUGAUUUAGUUAAUUUGUGAUAACGUAGCUAUCGACUUAGGUUUACGUCCACAGUUGUCGCUAUGCAUCAUGUUUGAUACAAAACUUGUACAACACGUGUCAAAACAACAGCUGUGCAACAACUAUGCCAUACUGCGAAAUGAUUAUUGCCUGCAUCGCUGUGACUGUAGCAUGCUGCGCAGUGACUGUAGCAUGCUGCGCAGUGACUGUAGUAUGCUGCACAGUGACUGUAGCAUGCUGCGCAAUGACUGCAGUAUGCUGCGCAAUGACUAGUAUGCUGCGCAAUGACUGUAGUAUGCUAUGCAUCAACUAAGUAUAGGAGACAAUAAUACAACUUGAAUAAAACACACCAGAUUAUUUGUGUUUUCCAUGAGGUGUACUUUUUGUUAUACCUACACCUAACAAACCAAGAUUUAGCUCUAGCAUUGAUUAUAGUUUUCCUUUGUGUGAAAAUUUAACAGCAAAAUUAACUCUGUAUAUCUGACAUACCAACAGUUGAUAUAAUCAACUCUCAUUCUGUGGUGUUGGUUGAUUACGCAACUCAUGAAUAUAUAAUGCAUCUGUAAAUAAAAGUUCCUUUGUUCAACCUGU